AUUGGAACACCUGAAUCACAUGAUUGGGAGGGGAUUGGAACACCUGAAUCACAUGACUGGGAGGGGAUUGGAACACCUGAAUCACAUGAUUGGAGGGGAUUGGAACAUCUGAAUCACAUGAUUGGGAGGGGAUUGGAACACCUGAAUCACAUGACUGGGAGGGGAUUGGAACACCUGAAUCACAUGACUGGAGGGGAUUGGAACACCUGAAUCACAUGACUGGAGGGGAUUGGAACACCUGAAUCAUGAUUAGGAGGGGAUUGGAACAUCUG